UAGUGUCACUCCCUCACUCUACAAACCCUAGCCCUCUUCUUUCUUUCUCUCUCUCUCUCUCUCUCUCUGAAGAUGGCUUCACGCAGGCUCGUAUCUUCUCUGAUUCGAUCCUCCCUUCGUAGAUCUCAAUCGAAGCCCUCAAUUUCCGCAUCGACAUCGAGGCUCACGUCAUCCAACCGUGCCUCACCGCACGGAUACUUGCUGAACCGCGUCGCCGAGUACGCCACCGCCGCGGCUGCUGCUACCGCUCCUCCCUCUCCUCCUCCUCCGGGGAAGAAGGAGCUCGGCGGCGGCGGGAAGAUCACCGAUGAAUUCACCGGGAAGGGCGCGAUCGGGCAGGUCUGCCAGGUCAUUGGUGCCGUCGUCGAUGUCAGAUUCGACGAGGGUUUGCCUCCGAUCAUGACCGCGCUGGAGGUUCUGGAUCACUCGUCGAGGCUUGUGUUGGAGGUGGCGCAGCAUUUGGGUGAAGGCGUUGUCCGAACCAUUGCUAUGGAUGCCACCGAAGGUGUCGUUAGAGGCUGGCGCGUUCUCAACACUGGCUCCCCUAUUACCGUUCCAGUUGGUAGGGCUACCCUUGGCCGUAUCAUAAAUGUCAUUGGAGAGCCUAUUGAUGCCAAGGGAGAAAUCAAUACUGAGCAUUAUUUGCCCAUUCAUAGAGAAGCUCCUGCUUUUGUUGAGCAAGAAACUGCACAGCAGAUUCUUGUUACUGGAAUCAAGGUUGUUGACCUGCUUGCACCAUAUCAAAGAGGAGGAAAGAUUGGGUUGUUUGGUGGUGCUGGUGUAGGAAAAACUGUGCUUAUUAUGGAACUUAUUAACAAUGUUGCAAAAGCUCAUGGUGGUUUCUCUGUGUUUGCUGGUGUUGGAGAACGAACCCGAGAGGGUAAUGACUUGUACAGAGAAAUGAUUGAGAGUGGUGUCAUUAAGCUUGAUGAUAAGCAGAGUGAAAGCAAGUGUGCUCUUGUGUAUGGUCAAAUGAAUGAGCCCCCUGGUGCCCGUGCCCGUGUUGGUCUUACUGGGCUUACUGUGGCUGAACACUUCCGUGAUGCUGAAGGGCAAGAUGUGCUUCUUUUCGUAGACAACAUUUUCCGUUUUACCCAAGCUAACUCAGAGGUGUCUGCUUUGCUUGGUCGUAUCCCAUCUGCUGUUGGUUACCAACCAACCUUGUCUACUGAUCUUGGAGCUCUUCAAGAGCGUAUUACAACAACCAAGAAGGGUUCAAUUACCUCUGUCCAAGCUAUCUAUGUGCCUGCUGAUGACUUGACAGAUCCUGCUCCUGCUACCACUUUUGCUCACUUGGAUGCCACAACAGUGUUGUCACGACAGAUCUCCGAGCUUGGUAUCUAUCCUGCUGUUGAUCCCUUGGAUUCUACAUCUCGUAUGCUUUCCCCCCUUAUUUUGGGUGCGGAUCACUACGAAACUGCUCGUGGUGUACAGAAAGUGCUUCAGAACUACAAGAAUCUUCAAGAUAUCAUUGCUAUUUUGGGAAUGGAUGAGCUCAGUGAAGAUGAUAAAUUGACUGUUGCCCGUGCCCGUAAGAUUCAGCGAUUCUUAAGCCAGCCUUUCCAUGUUGCUGAAGUCUUCACUGGUGCCCCAGGAAAAUAUGUUGAGUUGAAGGAGAACGUUGCCAGCUUCCAGGGUGUGUUGGAUGGAAAAUACGAUGACCUUCCAGAGCAGUCGUUUUACAUGGUUGGCGGUAUUGAGGAGGUCAUUGCCAAGGCCGAGAAAAUUGCUAAGGAAUCUGCAGCGUCUUAAUCACACACAGCCCUGUUCUCAUUUUAAUCCCUUUUUUUUUUGUAAUUGCUAAAUUUAAUAAUUUAGGAACUCUUGGCAAUGCCAAACAACAAAAUUUUCCAUUUUUUGGAUAUGAAAAUGUAUCAGGUUAUUCCUUCCUUCCAUUUUAAUGUUGCCGACUGUGAGAUGAACUACGGUCAAUGUCUGUGGCCAAACUGCCCCCCUGUUUUUAAGUUGUGUUAUUUAAUAAGGGGAAAAGGGCAAGAGGAUGUACAUUUUUUACUUUCUGGUUGAGAACGUUGGAUGCAUUAAUGUUAAAAACUCUGCAACUGUUCCACCUGGUCCAUGGCCAGCGUAAUUUGAGUUCCUUACUGAAUAUUGGAGAUUGUAUUGUCCUUUUUAUGCUAAUUAUUUAA